UUGUACACUGUACGUUUGCCGUCUCAUUUAUCAUCAAAUAAUAAAAAUAUGGUACCUAUCGCCUAGAGUUCGCCUUUAUAUACCUACACUGACGACGUUCUUUUAGCCGCUAACUAUAAAAUAUAACAACGCUAUUUCCGGACCGAUAUUUUUCGACCGUCUUAUAUAGUUUCCCGUUUGACAAUCUCCGGGUACUAUUUUUCUUUAUAUAUAUUUAUUGAUUGAUGGAAACGAACGGUCCGCCUCCACCACGAACGUUGUAUACGUUUUUUUUUUCAAUUUUUUUUUUCACCGCGUAGAAGUUCUCGCUCUACACAGCCACAACUAUUACGUAUACGAAUACACACCGCCGGUCGCCGUUGGUAACGCAGAAAAUAUUUCUGCGAACUUUUGUGAUUACUUGCCCGCACUGUUCCCAAGAAAUGGGCAACAUUGAGGUAACGCCUACAGAUCCGUCGUUGUCGGAUAACGACAGCAACGCGGACAACGACUCGACCGCGUCCGCCUCGUCGUCCACCACCGAAGUCGCACCGCCGUCUGCGCCCGUGAACGACUAUGACGAUGACCACGAUGGCGGCGGCGGCGGCGGCGGCGACCACGACCGCGACGACGACCGACCGGACGACGAAGAUCGGAUGACGAAUCGGUCGAACCGGACGAAUCGACGACACCGGACGACGGCGGCCAGUCGGCGAAGGUCCGUCGCUAAGCGGAAUCGCGCGGCCGCGAGCGGAGUCGGACGUGACGACACGGGACAGUCGCCGUGGACGGUCGUGGUGGACGACGACGACGACGACGCCGCGGAACCGUCAUCCACGGCGGCGGCCGCCGGACGUCGGGCGCGGCCCAGCCGACCACCGCGGACCCGGAACCGAUCGCGGUCGGUUUGUUCGCGGAUACGCCAGGGCAACCACCACAGCGGUACGGUCCAUCGCCGUCUGUCGGAGAGCCCGGAAGAUCCGGUGGUCGUGACUGCGGCCGCGGAACGGGUCGCAUCACGAGCCACCCCACGGCCCUACCCUCGCAGAUCCACACGAACAACCGCCGGCCAGAGGAGGAGGAGUUGA